AUGUUACCACGAACUCCGCUGCAUCGGUGGCUGGCAGUCGCCUUCUUCCUCCUCAUCGCUGCCUGGUUCCAUCCCACAUUUAGCGGCGGAUUCGUUGAAUCAGGAGUCCCGUACUCCAGCAAUGGCAUCGAUGAUCUCUCCUACGUCAAGAAGUUGCUGAAGGACAACAAGGUCGGCCCGCAGAUCGAGUAUGCCGCGCGAACCAUUCGAUACGUCCCAGACGCGCGGGAGCGCAAAUCGAUUACGGAGGUUGACCAGGAGCUGUUCCCAACAUCGUUUAAGAAUAUCACCAUCAGCAGAGAGUCUGUUCUGCCAGCUGGCAAGAUUGUAGAUCUUCACAUCAAGCAAUCGCCGCGACCAGAUCAGGUUGAUGUAUCUGAUAUGCUGUUCGCCGCAUCCACGACCUACGGCCGCUUCACAGACCCGAAAACCUCCCCGAUUGAGGAGUGGAAACGUUGGUUGACAGAUGGAAAUGGACAGUCCAAUGGCGCGGGACUUAUUCUGGCCCUCUUCGACACCACAGAUGACAACAUUGCAAAGGCGGCGAAGACCUUGGAGAAUAUCGGAAUCAAUGCCACGGUCGUCCCCUCGAAUAAGGAGCUGGACAUGGCAGGCAGAUAUGUGGACCUGGUCCAGAUGAUGUAUAACCACCCAACGCGCCCAAAUCGCAAUUACUUUGUCCUCAUCGACGAUGACACUUUCUUCCCCGUCAUUUCCAACUUCCGGAAGACGCUCGAUCGCUACAACCCAGCCAAGCCAUUCUAUAUCGGUACCUUCACCGAGCGCGCAGACUGGCUGAUCAGGAACCGGGUACCGUUUGCUUAUGGUGGAGGAGGAAUCGUCUUGACUGCUCCAUCUGCAAAGCAGAUUGUUGAGGCGCCGUGCUUGGAAAAGAACAAAGAAACGGGGAAAUACGUGCUUGAUUCGGACCAGGGCGACAGACUUCUUUAUAACUGCCUGACAACCCACUCGAGCCUCACACUCACCUACCUGCCUUCUCUCCACCAGCAUGAUCAAUUCGGUGACCCAGCUGGAAUCUACGAAUCAGGAAAUCUAUUCCAUUCACUGCAUCAUUUCAAGUCAUGGCACCAAGCCAACCCGGCCAUGACACAUGUUGUGGCUGAUGCCUGUGGAGAGGAGUGUGUAUUCCAACGCUUCCAAUUCAAAGACAAUUUCAUCAUCUCCAAUGGCUUCUCCGUAGCCCACUACCCACAAGGAAUCGACUUCGAUCCGCUACAGAUGGAAGAGACAUUCAAUUGGGGCCAACACGACGCAGGGGAACCUGGUGCCGAGGUCGUCUUCAGCUACUACUUUGGCUCGCUACGGAAAUCCCUACUCAAGACUGGGAGAAAGCAGAGUUGGGAGAUCCUCGGAGCAAAGAAAGAGGGUGACGGCAGAGUCAAGCAGGUGUACCUGAAGAGAUGGAGCGACGAUAGGUGGUUCGCCGAGGGGAAAACACCAAGUAUUCAUGACGACCCGAGAGACAGCGUUGUGGUCUUGACUUGGAUACCAUGA